UUGUGUAGUACUUCAUCGGCCUAUGCCGUGAACGUCAUUAUACUUUGGAGAGAGGGCGAGCAGUUCCAAAGCGGAAACCCCUCCCGAAUCCUGACUGCGGGACUCACAGACACAGAAAAAAAAGGAUACCAACCAAAUUAAAACAAACCACCCGGAAACACACGCACAUUCUACUGUAAAACAAGAAAACUACAUAAAAUAAAACGCCUAAGGAAAAAGUAGCAUUGACAUAAAACUGUCUGCACAACAACUCGGGAUAUUUUUUUCUUAACAGUGCUUGAAUGUUUUGAAUCGAGCGUCCAUAGGUGUUCCGACAUUACAAGAGAACUGGACCGACCGGGCAAUGAUUCCCAAUACCUGAAUUUCAAGGAUCCUGAGAGAAUAGGACAUGCAGACUUGAAGGAGCUCUCUGUACCUUGUGGAGAUUUGUGCUUUAAAGAAAAUGGGAUUUGGAAGAGAUCUUCAACAUUCCCACGAUGCAUUGUUGAAGCUGCAGGACUGGGAGUUAAAACUGCUGGAGACAGUAAAGAAGUUUAUGACUUUGCGGGUUAAAAGUGACAAGGAAUAUUCAUCUCUCCUUCAAAAUAUAAGUCAACAAGUAGACAAGCAUGAUAACUCCUCACAAGUGGAUUAUGUCAGCAGCGUUUCCAAGUCAUGGGCAUAUAUGGUACACCAGACAGAACAACUAAGCAAGAUAAUGAAGUCACACGCUGAGGACCUUAACUCAGGACCUCUCCACAGGCUCACCAUGAUGAUAAAGGACAAGCAGCAGGUGAAAAAGAGUUAUCAUAGCAUACAUCAGCAAAUCGAAUCAGAGAUGUGCAAGGUAACAAAAAACGAGCUGGAAAAAUUAAAAGGCACUUACAGACAAUUAACAAAAGAUGCCAAUUGUGCCAAAGAGAAGUAUAAAGAAGCUAUUAUGAAAGAUGUACUUCUAAAUGCUCCAGGCAAGGAACCUGAAAAGGCCAGAGACCGGUAUGACAAGGCAACAAUGAAACUCCACAAUCUCCAUAACCAAUAUGUGCUAGCAGUGAAGGGGGCCCAGCUGCACCAGGAGCGGUAUUACGACGCUAUUCUUCCUCAGCUACUGGACUCCUUGCAGAAGAUGCAGGAAGAAAUGAUUAGAGCACUGAAAGGAAUUUUGGAAGAAUAUAGCCAGAUCACCAGUUUUGUAACAGAUGAAAUAGUUAAGCUUCAUGCAGACAUACACACCUCUCUAGAACAGAUUGACCCUUCUUCAGAGUAUGACAAUUUUAUUGAAGUUCACAGAUCACCCGAAGUUAAGGAACCAAGUGUGGAAUUUGAUGUUUCUCUGUUGGAAGAAGCCGAAAACCUUCACGCAAAUGAGAUCUUGUGGAACAAUUUAACAACUGAUAGUUUACAAGCAAUGUUGAAAACAGCAACAGAUGACCUAGCCCAAACUCAACAGACACUACUUAACAAAGAAGAACUGAUGCAUGACUUAGAAAGGAAAAUUGAAGAAUCUGCCAAAUCGUGUGAAAGUAAAUCCGACGUUGUCUUGCUGCUUAGCCAGAAGCAGGCAUUGGAAGAGUUAAAGCAGACAUUGCAAUUGCUGAGAUGCACAGAGGCUAAGCUGGCCGCUCAGAAAGAGUUACUGGAUAAGAAGAUGCAAGAGAAUGAUGGUAAAGAGCCCCCUCCUGUAGUAAAUUACGAAGAGGAUGAUGUCAGAUCUGUUGCUUCCGUGGAUAAAGGAAAAGACAAGACCUCGAAGUUGGACACCUUGCGGCAUUCUAUUGCUGGGAUUAUUCGGUCUCCAAAAUCAGUCUUGGGCUCCUCCUCAUUCUUUGAUGUGAUACCAACCAGCGAGAAACCAUUAGGAGACCAGGAUUGGUACCAUGGUGCAAUCCCAAGAAUAGAAGCUCAGGAGCUGUUGAAGCAACAGGGAGACUUUUUGGUCCGAGAAAGCCAUGGCAAACCGGGUGAAUAUGUCCUCUCUGUUUUUUCAGAGGGACAGCGAAGACACUUUAUCAUACAGUACGCAGAUAAUCAGUAUCGAUUUGAAGGCACUGGCUUUCCAACGAUUCCUCAGCUCAUAGAACAUCAUUACACAACAAAGCAAGUUAUUACAAAGAAGUCGGGCGUGGUGCUACUGAAUCCUGUUGUCAAGGAUAAAAAAUGGGUUCUCAAUCAUGAAGAUGUAACACUUGCAGAGUUACUGGGCAAAGGUAAUUUUGGAGAAGUAUUCAAAGGAACAUUGAGAGACAAAACUCAAGUUGCUGUAAAAACAUGUAAAGAAGAUCUACCACAGGAGCUAAAAAUAAAAUUCUUAUCAGAAGCAAGGAUACUUAAGCAAUACGAUCACCCAAAUAUUGUGAAGUUAAUAGGAGUCUGCACACAAAGACAGCCUAUUUACAUUGUAAUGGAACUUGUUCCAGGAGGAGAUUUCCUUUCCUUUUUGAGGAAGAAAAAAGAAGACCUAAAAACGAAACAGCUGGUGAAGUUUGCUUUAGAUGCUGCUUUAGGAAUGGCUUACCUUGAAUUAAAAAACUGUAUCCACAGGGAUCUUGCUGCAAGGAACUGCCUGGUUGGUGAAAAUAACUUGCUGAAGAUCAGCGACUUUGGAAUGUCUCGGCAAGAGGAUGAUGGGAUUUAUUCAUCAUCCGGCUUGAAACAGAUUCCCAUCAAAUGGACGGCGCCAGAAGCCCUAAAUUACGGGAGAUACAGUUCAGAAAGUGACGUGUGGAGUUAUGGCAUUCUUCUCUGGGAGACGUUCAGUUUAGGAGUUUGUCCCUACCCCGGAAUGACAAACCAGCAAGCCAGGGAGCAAGUUGAAAAAGGUUACAGAAUGACUUGUCCACAGAAGUGUCCAGAGGAGGUCUACAAAACAAUGCAGAAAUGCUGGGAAUACAAGCCUGAAAACCGGCCCAAGUUUGUUGACAUACAAAAGGAACUUGCAUCAGUAAAAAAGAAAUAACACUAUAGAGGAAGGACGGACAGACUUUUUCUUAUUUUAUAUAUAAAUCUUUAUCUUGGCAAACAGAUACACUGAUUGUUUGCCUCAUCAUCAAUACUAUCAUACUGCAUUAACACGUUUAAAAUCAUUUGUAAUGUUAGUAUCCAGUUGCUAGUGUCAUAGUGCCUUUUGCCUAAAACUAUUUGAGGGCAUAAAAAGGAAACAAAACAAAAAAAAAACAGCCUAAACAUAGCUGCCAAAUAUUCUGCCAUCCCUAAAGUCAGAGGUGCCGUUUGUGUUCUUUUUAUUUAAUGGGGUGUAUUUCAUGCAUGGGGAAUUAAAACUGAGGUAAGCCCUUGAUAAAUGUUAUUUUAUUGUCUAAUUUAUUUAUAACGUCGGCCCAGAUGUUUAUGGGAAAUGAUAAUGCAGUUAUUUCCCUGCUUGGAGUUCUUUUCCCAAAGUUUACAAGAAGCAAGUCCUCAUGGAAUUAAAUCCUAGUUAGCACCUUUGACAGGCUAGGUAAUUUCUUGAUCACAAAACCAAUACCACCCUCAUGUAAGGACACAAAAUAUAUCCUGUUGUCUGUAACUGUGAUUAACCAGCUUUUUGUUACUGUAAUUAUCAAGUGUUUGUUGAAUCUGUUUUUUUUAUGUGUAUUAUCACCAGUAUUUACCAAAGCCCAGCAUCUGCACAUCAUUUCAUACAAAUGAACUACCUGUACAGUAUGUGAAACACAUUUUUUUAAUACUUUAUUUUUAAAAAACGUGGUCUUUUAAGGUGCAUUUUUAGGUUUUGAAAUACAUGUUCAUACAUUUUCUACAAAACAAAAUAAAAACGAAUUUGACAGGCAGACAGUUUUUUUGGUUUUUACAUUACCGUAUGUAGUCUGUGUCAUGUAGUAACCUUUGCUCUUCUUUACCAUAACACCAAAGAUCCAACACACAUUUCAACAGUAUUACAGAAACAUAAGAAGACGUUUCCACCUUUUUAAAGUGUUGAGGCAAGGCAUUUGAUGUUGUAAGGCAUGUGUUUACAGAGAGCUGUCUUAUUGAAUACCGUUGUCAUUGGUAAUUCACAGCAAUGGUCUGUUCUACAGUUUAAAUAUAAUUAAACUUGUGGAAUACAUUAGCCUCAUGCAUUUUAGAUAUAAAGAUGUUAAGCAUAACACUGUGUUAUGUAAUUAUUAACAUUAUUUGUUUUUAUAAGCAAGCUGUUCAAGGCAUUUGGCUAUGCAACAGUUUAGUCAUUUUUGUUUGUUUGUUUUUGCCUUUUUAUUAAAAUCCAACCACUUCAAAAAAUAGAAAGCAGUUUUAGAAGUAAAUUGAUGUCAGGGACCAAAGCUGCUGCUGUAUGUUCAUGUAAAAGAGUUUGUUUUUAUAACAUGUUGAGCCGGUUAUCCUGCAGUAUCUGGAUGUGGGUAGCUGGGCUAGGAGAUAUUUCCAAAUAUGGAAAUACAUUGUUUGAAGCAUGUACUGUUUUUCAACACUUAGAAAACAAAGUUGAAACCUUUACAAUCGAAAAUUUUAAGUGAUGUUGAGAUUGAGAAGUGUCUGUGACUUUGUUUUCCAGUAACAUGACUGACUGAAACAUCAUUUUAAAUUCCUGUAUUCAAAGCUGCACUGCAUAUAGUUUCAAUACAUUGUGUAGCAUGGUGGUGUUUUUUUGUUCUUGUUUUAGUAUUUUGUACAUUUAGUUGUGUAAAUAACAUUAGGUGUGUGAUAUUUUACUUUUUGUUUUGCACACUAGAUCGUUUUUUUUUUUUUUUUUUUUUUAAAGUCAUUGAGAUAUAGUUAUAUUAAUACAUUUCAAAAGGAAUUUCUGUGUACAUGAAAUGUCCCGAUUAGUAUGUGUUUCAGAGCUGCAGUUGUAGGAAAUCAAUAGGAGCCAAUCUGUGUUGUAUAGAACUGCAUAAGCCUAAACUACAUUCAUUUGGUGAAUUGUAGUUUAAGUCAACUAUCAGUUAACCCCACCCCUAAAAAAACAAGAAAUGAACACACAAAUGAUUAAUAUGCUCCUGCUGAUUAUUGCACUAAAAUCAUGAUUUUGAUAUAGCCUAGUGUAGGGGUGUAAUGAUCCAUUGUGUAUCAAUGCAUCAUGAUACUCUCUUCACAUGAUAUAUCGUAUCGUAAUAGAAGUAGGUAUCAUUUGAAUCGUGAUACAAGACUGAAAGCCCGAAACAGCUCAUUUCAGAUCACCACAUAGCUCUUGAAUGAAGAAUACGUGUGUUUUAUAGUUGGUAUGGAUACAUACUCUCACGGUCUCAUUUAAUUUGUAUCUUUUAACUAAAUGGUCCAUCAUUAAAUUACCAGUUGAUCUUAUUACGCAUCAUACAGGAGGCCAAUCAGGACAACCACAUGUAUUGUGAUACAUAUCGUACCACAGCCCGCAUAUCGCGAUAUGCUUAAAAAGCGUUGACUUAGAUCGUCCAACCUGACCAGUAAAGAAAAGAAAAAAUCACAUAACAUUUGGCAAUUAUUUUAACAGUACUGAGCGUAGUGUUCAUUUUAUUUGUUUACACAGAAGUUGGUUUGUAGUUGUUUAUUUCUCACUGGCAUGUAACUUGUGAAGAAUGAUGCUUAUUCCAGCCCUCGUUUUUUUUAAUGAAAUCGAUGUUAGAUCGAUGUAUCCAUGCCUGGUGCUUUUUAAGAUGUUUAUUCUGUGUUCAGAGGACACGAUGACUUUAAAGAUAAGUGGGAGACUAGGUAUCUGCAGUUUAAAAAAAAAAAAAAAAAUUCAUUAGGCACAUUAUACAUUAUUUUGAAAGUGUUCAAAUAAUAAUAAGAAAAAAAACAUCUGUAGAAAACAGAAUUGAGGGGGAAAAAAGCUACGUACAUUGUUCUCACUCCAGUAAAAUACAAGGCGAGAAGGAUGCUUCCCUGCCAAAAACAAACUGUAAGCACAUCAUGUUUUGUGCCCCAAGGAGUAGCCUGUAAUUUAUGGCAUUAUUAAAGCUUCAAUCUGUUAUGCGUGUCUGUACCAGCUAGUAGGUUUUGAGCACAUUUUGACUGAACUUAUUUGUAACACUGGAAACAUGGACCUCCCCACACUCUUCUGGCAUAGAUGAGGAAAAUAUCGUGAGCCUUUUAUUGCUGUGCCCCUAAAUACUUUAGGUAGAAUUGUCCAUUACUUGUAAAUUGUUUAACAUAAUUCUUUUUUAUUAUUAUUAUUUAUUUGUGCUGAUAUUUUAAGGAUAGUGAUUUUACACAUAAAACCCCAAGCUACCAUUUUCCGUGUGUAAUUUUAUAUUGUUCAUGUUUGCUCUGUAUUGACGGCUGUAAUGGACCAAUCACAGUUAACAUGUCUUUAAGGUUCAUGUUUAUACUGUAUUCUUGCAAUAAAAACACGUGUAGUCUU